CUGCACUGUACCGGAUUAGAGAUGCGUCUUCACUAGAUGCUGACUGCCAUGGGUGUUAUUUCUAAGAAUCCGUCUCGGCGGAGCCAUUAGAACCCCCUGUGAUGUAUCGGUCGCACAGAUCUCCCGGGCACCGAGCCUGUGCCCACAGUCUGGAUGCAGCGUUGUACAGACUCCGCUAUGGUGGCGUAACAUUUUGGGGUACGUCCGCACGAGACGUAAAAUACAGCGGAAAAGUCCCUGCGCCCAAACAUCCACCGCUGCAAAAAGCACAGGUAUUACAUGCGGUUUUUAGCCACAGCUGUGCCUGGGGAUUUUACCCCACAGAAUCCAAUCCGCAUCGCAAGUCACUUUACACAGCAUGUGGAUGUAGAUGGUGCGGUUUUGCCACGUGUGGCAUCAUGAACCUGCAUGCUUUCUUACUACGGUUUCAGUGUGGUUUAUGUUUUUAUACGUACAUCUUGCUAAAUAUGUCUUUUACUGGUACAAAAAAAGCUAUGUAAAAAAAAACACAGCAGAAACGCAUGUGGUUGGAUGCAACUGCAUUGUCUGAAUACAGACUAUCUCCUUGUAAGUGGAGGUUUUCUCCCCCUACCAUAUGUAUGGAGGAUGACAUUUGUCUUUAGGAUUCAUAGGAAAGUUCCCGGAUCCCCCUCCCCUUGCGCUUUGUCCCAUGCGGUUUCUGGUGACCUUUGUGUACUGAACUCGUCAGUGGGGACGCGGUGUGCUCGGCCGAGUGCACAAUGGCGGCCGCCCGUGACCGGCUGAUUCCACGUCCGGUGGAGCCGGUGGUGUGCAGCCCCCUCCUCUGCUUAUUAACCCGGCAUUUAGCAGCGCGCCCUCCCCCCGGAGCAAUUACACUCCAGCCCUGGAAUAAAUCAUGCGCCGCGAUAAUCCUGUUAAUAAAACGCAGCUUGUUCCUGCCACCUCUGCUGCUCCGGCACAUGGCGGCUCUGCUGUGCGGGGGUAGACCGGCACAUCGCGGGUGUGGUGUACACACUGUACAUAGUUAUCACUCUGGAUCUGGCAGAUGACGCGGGUCUUAUGGAGUGCGUGUCCAUGUUUCCUGCUGCAGACACCAGCUCAGGGUCUAUGUCCAUAUUCACAUGGAGCUUCCUGCUGUGGUAUUUGGUGCCGAUUUCUCUUGUCUUCAAUCAUAAAGUCUGAGCCCUGCCCGCACCAAGGAAGGACAUUAGGCACAGAGGGGGUCAUUUACUAUCGGAGAUGGACUGAUUUUAGGCGGAUUUCUGACUGUCUAGGACUGCCGAGGAUGCGCCGAUCAAAGGCCGAGAAAUGAGGCUGUGUAUGGUGCCUAGGACAUGUGGAGGCUGCCCCUGUGUAUGGUGCCUAGGACAUGUAGAGGCUGCCCCUGUGUAUGGUGCCUAGGACAUGUAGAGGCUGCCCCUGUGUAUGGUGCCUAGGACAUGUGGAGGCUGCCCCUGUGUAAGGUGCCUAGGACAUGUAGAGGCUGCCCCUGUGUAAGGUGCCUAGGACAUGUAGAGGCUGCCCCUGUGUAAGGUGCCCAGGACAUGUGGAGGCUGCCCCCCUGUGUACGGUGCCCAGGACAUGUGGAGGCUGCCCCCCUGUGUACGGUGCCCAGGACAUGUGGAGGCUGCCCCCCUGUGUACGGUGCCCAGGACAUGUGGAGGCUGCCCCCCUGUGUACGGUGCCCAGGACAUGUGGAGGCUGCCCCCCUGUGUACGGUGCCCAGGACAUGUGGAGGCUGCCCCCCUGUGUACGGUGCCCAGGACAUGUGGAGGCUGCCCCCCUGUGUACGGUGCCUAGGACAUGUGGAGGCUGCCCCCUGUAUAUGGCUGCUGUGGGGCACUUUCCUGUCGCACUCCCCGGCCGUUCUCCGGGUGGCCCCGGCGGGCCGACUGUCAGGAGAUGAGCGCUUCCCCCGGCGGCUCAGACGAUUGAUCUCCCCGCGCAGAGCUCUGCAUGGCGCCGCUCCUCUUGAUUAGAGCGGAGACAGCUGUGUACACGGAGCGCUAAUGCCGCGCUCACCGGACGCGGGGAUUUCUCGGUGGCGAGGCUGAUAAUCCCCGGAGAUGUGCGCGCCUGGCUUGAUCUGGAAGAACAACUGCUUUUGGGAUUAGGCAGCCGCGCUGGGCGCCCCCUCCCCCGCACACUACGUGCUCUCUCCUCGCAGCCGCGCCGGAGCCGCACGAUCACCGCCGCGCUGACAUGUCAUCUAUCAGGCGCAGCCUGUGAUUUAUAGACGUGCGGGGAGCGCGGGGCUCAUCUAUAAAACCCACGCACUCCGCACCUAAUGGCCAUUGUUCUCGGGGGGAAGGGGCUUCUAUUGUGCCUGUGUGGUCCCGGGGCGCGCCGCAAGGGUUAACCCCGCACAGCAGACGUCUGAUAAUGACAGCAAUUAACUGCCAUAGGCCGCCUGCAGUCUGCUGGGAGCGGAGCCGGGAAUGUGAUUGCGGGUGACAAAUGGCUCCAGCGUGGAGCGGGUUAAUGAGAUCAGCUCGGGACAACACCGCCACAAGGGAAGGCUGCACUGCUAAGGGGGCGACAUGCUGUCCGCGACCCCCCUCUAUGGGAACGUGCACAGCUGGAUGAGCAAUGAGCGGGUCCGCAUGUGCGGCAUCAACGAGGACAGGAAAAUUCUUCUCAGUGAUGGUGACCUUCAGAAAGCCAGACUCGAGCUGAGAGAGGAUCAUCUCGGUCACACUUUGGUGGAUGCAGCAGCUGUUCAUCGAAUGGAUGGCCUAACCGCUCUCGGCAUGGACCGGGCAGGUCUGAUGCAGGAAGGAUUGAGAGUCCCAGGGGGCAUGGUCUACUCUAGUCUUUGUGGCCUUGGCACAGAAAAAGUUAGAGAUCCAUCCAGUUCAAUCCCAGGGCUUGGAUAUGCACCUGACCGAAAUACUGAACUUCAGUUCAAGCCAAAUGCUGCUGAAUCAAUGGAGACUGCUCAAAUGACGGGAAAACAGCCCAAUGGUUUUAACUCUUUGUUUAAAAACCCCCCAGGACUGCAAAAGACACCUGUCCCUACAAGUGAAGCACUGGUUUUGGACAGAACAGUAAAUGACAAACAGAGUGCACUUGGCGUUAAUGGUGCUAAUUAUUUAAGGAUUCCUUGGAUGCACUCCUAUAUGGACAGUGCCUCACCAGCUAUGUAUCCAUUCAUUGAUUCACCAAAUAAGUAUUCUUUAAAUAUGUAUAAGGCGUUUCUACCUCAGCAGUCGGCUUACAGUUUGCCACAGCAUUUAACCUACUCACCGGUUUGCCCGAAUGGUGAACGCUUUGUAUAUCUUCCACCUUCCCCGUAUGUAACCUCCCACAUUCCAACAACCCUGGCACCACCUAUGAGGAUCCCUGCACCUUCUGCAGCUCCUGCUAUACCCACUACUGUUCACUGUUUAGAAAAGAGCUUACCAUGGAAAAUGGGGAUUAAUCCAGGGUCCACCGUUGAUCCUCAUGCAUAUUCCCACCUGCAAACGGCUAAGCAGCCUAGGAUGCCAUGCACAAAGUCUAUGGCUAGUAGUAUGUCACCCGAAGCCUCACUAUUGUUGGCACCUUCUCGGAGACCGUCGCCUAGGCUUCAUCAUUCGACUCAACCAGUUGGAGAUGGCUACUCUGAUUAUCAGUCAUUUGUUAAAAUCUCAACACCGCCUACAUCUGUCUCUUACACAAAACCACACACUAGUAUAAACAGUGACCUCACACCUUUAAGGCCACCUAGCACCAAAAGUAGCAAAAUUCUUGACGGAGAAAAUACACAGAUGCAAGCACCCUCAAAAAGGUAUACAAAAGAUAGAAAGGACAACAAGUCUCCUAACUUGUUAGAAAAGCAAACACUUCACAAAGAAGGGACUGAAAAACCACUGGAUUUGUCAUCAAAGCUUAGUGAUGCUGAAAUGUCAGCCAUGAUGCUUUCAGGGCGAUCUGGAAAUGCCAUAGGAAUGUGCACCAGAGACAUUCAGAAAGAAGCCAUAUCUCCUUCUGCUGGUGUUAGUGCUGUGUUUAGACCUGAAAUGAUCAGUACUGCUUCCUCAUCAUGGGUAGUGCCUGGUAUGAGCAGCGCCGAAGACAUGAAUGGCAUCAUUAUGCCACUUAAAAACAAAGCUUUGGAGAGGGUUAUGCCACAACAGAGGAGUUCUUCGUGUCCCCGUAUGGGAAGCUCUGAAGUAGUAAUUCCAAGCAGUCCGGGCUGCAUCACAGGUGCAGGACGCCCAGCAUCUGCCUCACCUGCACCAAAUGCCAAUGGAGAAAGAAAAACUCCUGAAGACAGCAGUAAGUCUGCUAUGCAACCACAACAUCCACCUGCUAGCUCACUUAGUAAAAGCAACAAAGUAGCAAAGCCUUCCAUAAUGGAACCAACCAUAAAAGUGAGCGAGAAUGGGCUGCCCCCAGCACCUAUGUUCUUGCCUCAGAAUGAGUCCUUUUGCUCUACACCUUUGGCUUAUCCAAGCAGUUUUCUCCCAUAUCAAGUUUCGGAAAGCCUUGCGAUGUCUCAUUUACACGGAAAAGCUCCUGUCUAUCCUCACCCAGUUUUAUUGCCCAAUGGAAGCCUUUUUCCUGGUCCAAUGGCACCAAGGCCUGGGAUUUCUUACAGUAUACCAACCAACAGAGAUUACAUGGCUUAUCAAGAGACACUGGGUAUGGUGCAUCCAAUAUUGCUACCACCUUCUGCAAUGGAAAUAAGCAAAGAUGACAAGGCAGAGAGAAGGUCUAGGUCACAUGAAAGACCAAGGUAUGAGGAACCUGCUGGCAGGAGACUGUUGGAUAUAUCAGAUUCCACACCAAAGCUCAAUUUGGAAGCCUCAGAAAAGAGCUUGAAGUCCCAACAGUCAUCUGCUCUAACCAUGAAGCAACUUUCUAAGACGGGAAUGCUAUGUUCCAAUGGAGAAAGAGAUCCAAAAUGCGAGUCUAACUUUGCUAUUAAUGGUUUUGCACAUGAAAAACAUAUCAUGAAUGAUCUACAGAAACCAGAACUGGGGGCACAGAGCAGGGAUUUUAUGGUAUCUAGGGAGGAGAAUCCAAGAAAGAAUGAUUUUCACGAUUCAUUUCACAUUCCCAAACAGUCUCAGAAUUCACCCAUUUUCCAGGCCAGAGAGGAAAACCUGCCCAUAAACCAGACCAUGGAGGUCUCUGUUGCCGAGCUGGGUGCUCAAUUCCUGAUGUCUAGUCAAAAUCAAGAUGCGCCAACUGGAUUUUAUAGCCAACUGCAGGAAAAAUCGCAGCCCUUUUUUAUGGCAAAUGGACAUUCUGAUACGGAAACGGCUGAGGGGACAAUAAGAGACUGUUCAGAUGAACUUAUGAGAUCCAAAUCUUCAAAACUAACGAAAAGGAUAGCAAACUCCUCUGGCUAUGUGGGCGACCGGUUUAAGUGUAUGACAACUGAAUUAUAUGCGGAUUCAAGCCAAUUAAGUCGAGAGCAGAGAGCUUUACAGAUGGAAGGCAUACAAGAGGACAGUAUUUUAAGUCCACCUGCUGCUUACUGUGAGCGUGCUAUGAUGCGCUUCUCGGAACUUGAAAUGAAGGAACGGGAAGAUCACACACCUACCAAAGACUCGGAGACUUGCAAACUCAGUAAGUCCGACAUGAAGCUUUCCACUGAAAGUGUUAAACCAGCAGCCUCAACCUUGGGAGAGUCUGUCAUCAGCCAAAGUCAAGAUGAUCUUAAGACCACUAGUGGAAAUCUGACUGACGCACCACAUCAUAUAGUAAAGGCAGUCACCAGUGAAGAUAGUCAUUCCGAGACACUAAUCUCCUGUCAUGUAGCAAAUCAGAAACCAGAGCUCAAGGCAGAUGUGAACCUGCAAGGCCAAUGUAUGGGGUUGAAACGGAAGCAACCUUGCGAGCCAUUACAUGAUGAUUAUGAUCAAUAUUCAGCCUGUCAAGUGGCUUAUGAAGAUGUGGUUGCAAAAAGGAAGAGGACUGAUGACUGGCCAGAAAGGGAGUUAUUGGACAUUUCUAAAAAAUCCCUUGAAGAGUCUCACUGCAAUGAGGUGACGAACCUGAAAGUGUGUAUUGAACUCACUGGACUGCACCCCAAAAAACAAAGGCACUUGCAGCACCUAAGGGAGCUGGGACAGCUUGGCAGAAAGGAGGCUCCUGAAAGUCGGGAGAUCACAGACAAUGAAAGCAAGCACAGAAGUCUAGAGGAAAAGCCAUUCAAAGCAAAACCUGAAAUCAAAAGCACCAGUGACUUGGAGGAUCUUAAUGGAGACAUCACUGUGUCUACGCAUACGAAAGGCUUUCCACUCGGCUGCCCAAGCAGCAAACGGCAGAGUCAGACAAACCCUACCCCAGCCCCUAGGUUAGCAGCCAAGCAGCAGAAGAUUAGAGAGGGCCGCAAGGCGUACGUGCCAUGUACAGAUGAAGAGGGGAGUCUCCAAAUAGCGUCAUUGCCUGAGGAUUACACAGAGUACGAGAAGCCCCCUGGAAAACGGCAAUUCAAGACAAAGCACAUGGCUCUGCUGGAGAGAAAGCGGAAAAGACUGCUAGUCGGGGAUGACAGCAUGGAUAAUGGAAGCGUAGACGACAAGGUCAAUAUAAAGGGGUUUAGGAAACAGAUUGAGUUUUCACCAGAUAACUCCCCAAUAAAAGUGCCAGAUCAGAUGUCUAUAAUGCACACCCCAUCCCAGAUGUCACCUUUGCUUAACCAUAUUCAAGACAUUACACCCAGUCGCCCGAUGCCACCUGAAGCACGACGCCUCAUUGUUAAUAAAAACGCUGGAGAAACUCUCUUGCAAAGAGCAGCCCGAUUGGGGUAUGAGGAAGUGGUUCUUUAUUGCCUGGAAAGCAAAUCUUGUGAUGUUAACCACCGAGACAAUGCAGGCUAUUGUGCGCUCCAUGAGGCUUGUGCGAGAGGCUGGCUGACUAUUGUUCGGCAUCUUCUGGAGCACGGGGCAGAUGUCAAUUGCAGCGCACAGGAUGGCACAAGGCCCAUCCAUGACGCAGUGGAGAACGAUCACUUAGAAAUUGUGCGUUUAUUACUGUCCUAUGGAGCUGAUCCCACCUUAGCAACCUACUCUGGGAGGACAAUUGCCAAAAUGACACAUAGCGAAAUAAUGGAAACCUUCCUGACUGAGUACCUAACAGAUUUACAAGGUCGGAAUGGAGAUGACCCGGGGCUCUCUUGGGAUUUCUAUGGCAGUUCUGUCUGUGAUUCAAAGGAUGAAAGUGGAUUUGACAUUUUGGCAAAUCCGCCAGGUCCUGAUGAUGAUGACGAUGGCUGCGUGGAUGCCUUUGAGUUUGAAUUCUCAGAUAGUCCUCUUCUACCUUGCUACAAUGUCCAGGUGUCUCUCUCUCAGGGACCCAGGAACUGGUUGCUUCUGUCAGAUGUCACCAAGCAGCUGAAUACGUCCUCCCAUUCUUUCAGCAGCGAGUAUCCUCACCUUGAAAUAGUCAGCAUUACAGAAUCCGAAUUCUACAAGCAAGUAUCUCUAAGCCAGCUCUUUUCUUCACCUGAAGAUCUUGAACGCUUCAGUUCAGACAGCAAAGAAAUACUCGAACUUGUGGAAUUUACAAGUGAACUGCAGACAUUACUUGGGUCCUCCAUUGAGUGGUUGGAUCCUAAAGGAGAUGCGUCUUAUGCCAGUUGUUAAAAAGCCAAGUCCUUACUCGAUUCUGUAAAUUAAUUUCUAUUUUGUGAAUAUGUGAUAUAGAGAGAACACUAUUGUAUAAAUACCAUUGUAAAAAAUAUAUAUAAUGUCUAUAAAUAUACAUAUAUAUAUAUAUAUAUAUAUAUAUAUAUAAAUAUAAAAAUAUAUCUCCAUAUAUGGGAUCAGUUGUUUUUUCUCCCCCCCCCCCCCCCUUCCCUCCAGAAAAUUUAAAUAGAUUUAUAUGGUCCUGAAAAAUUCAGUGCACAUCUGCUUUGGGAGAUAUAAUAUUUUUCUUUAAUUAUAACACUUUAUUAUAUAUUUUUCUUAAUUAAGACUUUGACGUUAUGGCAAAGCACUGAAGGCACGAGAAAUACUUUAUAAUUUGUAUUUAAAAAAAGUCAUGUGGAGAAAACAAAGAGGCACUUCAUGACAUUUUUAUGUUUACAAAAAAAAAAUCUCUACCUGUUUUUGGUAGAUAAUGUUGGAUAUGAUCCAACUUUUGUAAUAUAAAAGAAAUUAUGCACAUAGAUAUAUAAAUAUCCAUGGAGAGUUGAUUGAAAUUUUGUAAUCUAAUUUAAAGUUUCUGAAAUUUUACUUUUCACACUUAAAUUGAGUGUGUGCAUAUGCGUGUGUGUAUAUAUACAUGUGCAUUUAUGUGUGCGCACACGCCUGUAUACAUAUAUAAAUAUAUACAUAAAUUCAGACGUUUAAUGCUCUAAUUUAAAGAUAAAGACUUUGAGCUAUUUUUUUUGCUUGUAAAAUAGUAAAGCUGUAAAAUACAGUCUCGCAGUUCCAGAUAAAUUGUAUAUAAACUCAAAUUUCCUGAGAUGUGUGUGCAAUGUUUUCAGAUCUGUGUUUAAACUUUGUAAGUAAACGACCUGCCUUUGUAUUUAUAUUUUACAAGAUUUUUUCUUAAAAAGGCAAUAAAACCGUUCAGUAAAUGGA